AUGAAUCGAGAAAUACCCGGCUUCUACUAUGAUACCGUCAAACGCAAGUAUUUCCGCAUCGAAGACGCCCGCACCGCCCCCCGCGCCGCCGCCUGGUCGGCCCCCAACGUCAAGCGCCGCGCCCAAGAGCGCCGGGACGAGAGCCAGCGCCGCGAGAAGCGCCGCCGCGAGGCUGGCCGGGUGAGGAGGGCGGGCGCGCUCCUGCCCCGUGAGGCGCCGCUUAUGGGGGGACUGUUAGCGAGGGAGGUUGGGGCUUUUGGUUUUGGGGGGCGGUUGGGGGGUGGUGGCACUGGAGGGGGUGGUGGUGGUGAUGGUGGUGGUGAGGAGGGGGGGGAGGUGAUUGCCAGGGCGUGGGCCGGGGGGUUGAGGGGGAAGGGGGUGUUGGAGAGGUUGCAGUGGCGGGGGUCGGUUAUCAAGGAUAUGUGGAUUGGGGGGGAUGUGAGGAGUGGGUUGGGGCUGGCGUAUGUGGUCGGUGGCUCGAGUCCGGCGGCGUCGUAUAUUCCGCGGGAUGCGGAGGAUUGUAUCAACUUCCAGGACGCUGCUCAACGGUAUCCCCGGGUUGAUUUCCAGCCCAGGUAUUUCGGGCAGAGUAACCAGCAGUGCAUAACGGCCAUCAAGUUCCACGAGCCGUCCUCCAGGAUGCUCAUGGCUUGGGAAGGCAUCACGGCGAUUGGCAUCAAACACUUUACACCGCGGUCCCGGGAUCCGAGUGAACCGGGUCCAGGAUGGGUGAUAGGCGCCGACGGGGAUGGCCUACAAACCCACAACUCGCUCCUCAGCGACGGUUCCGCCAGCGCCAUCAACGCGCUGCAGACAGCCCCGCCGGGCUCGCGGAUGACCUGCAUCGCCGGCACCAACGCCGGCAUCGUGCAAAUGCGAGACGACAAGCUCACCUGGCUCACACCACCGCCACCACCCCGCCAGCGCAACCGCAGAGGCACCGCGGGCGCAAGCACCACACCACCCUGGCAAGGGGACGUGCUGUCUGUGGACUUCCUGCAACACAACCCAACCGAGGUGGUCCUCGCGGGCACACGGUCCGGACACGUCUGCGUACUCGACCUGCGCGUCCCGGCACGCGAGUGGUCCGUCCAGAGCAACACCUUCCGGCACGUCAGCAGCGCAGCCCACGUGCGGUCCGUCGGCGACUACGGCGUGCUCGCCGCCGGACCCUACAGCGCCAUGGCGCUCUACGACGUCCGCUACCUACGCCGGCGACAACAAGACCAACACCAACACCAACACCAACACCAACACCAACACCAACAACCCCACCCACAGGGCCGCAACCACCACAACCCCCCCAACGCAGCCAACGCCGCCCGCCCCAUCGUAACCUUCCCGCACUACCGCAACGACGACAACAUCCACGCCGGGCUCGACGUGCUGCCCGCAGCAGCGGGGUACGGGUGCGGGAUCGUCGCGACGGCACACACCAACGACAUCGCCACCACAUCACAAGCCGCGGCCGCAGCGACGCCGACACUGAUGUGGCAGCAACUACAAGGACAACAACAACAACAGAGUGGAAGGACCACCAACAACCAAAGGAUGAACAAAAGAGAAGAGGACUGCGGGCCGCGGUACGGGGUGGCGCUGCACUCGCUGCGGGACGGAUCGCGGAUGGACGGGGGCGCGGUCGACGGCAUCCGGGCGCCGGCGGUGGUCAAGAGUCUGGUGUGGCAGACGCUGCCGGGGGAUCGGCACCCGAGUUUGUUCGUCGGGGAGGGGGCGCAUGUCGGCAAGUAUUCGUUUUGGGCGUGA